AUGUCUGACUUGGAGAAAGCUAAAAAGAUCGUUUGUGGUUCGCAUUAUUAUAUUGCUCUUGACUUCCUUACCAAGGUAUUGAGAUUGCUCGACUAUCCCAAUGAUGUCAGCAACAUUCUCCAACUUGAACUCAUUGGAAUGACCAUCGAGCAAUACAUCCACGCUGCUCUCGCAAUCAAACCAACUCGUAAGUACCACGGUGAGAAAAGCAUUUCGUCUUUAUUACUAACAUGUACAUUCAAGCUGUUGCUGUUGGAGGUGGUGACCAUCCUGAUGGCCAACCGAGAUCUCCCAUUUCGAGGAAGAGAUACAGAGCUCCAGAAUUUCAUCUAUCUUGUCUCGAGGCGUCUUGACAAGCGUGACAGUCAGGACCGAACAGAUCAUCCGCUGACAGUUAUCGCCAGUGCACCUGGAAUCGGCAAAACAAGACUGCUCGAGGAAACAUCAAUCGUUCUUGCUAAUCAUGAUAUUCUCCAAGAGUACUAUGUCGUGCAGAUCAACAUCACCUUUGGCAAUGGAACACGAACCACCCUGAAAGAUGCAAUGCAUGGAGGUGUCCACGCGUUGGCCAGCCGUAUUCUAUUUCGCUUCUUCGAUCCACAUACCACCUAUGACAUCUUUGUUCACCAGUUUGAGAGUCAUUAUGGUGUAGGAUCAUUCGCUAACAUCAGUGUUGCGGUCUGCUUCAACAUCAUUGAGCUUUAUAUCCGACAUAGUCAUCAGUUCCAGGCUCUGGCCAAAGACAAACGGAUCUUUUUCAAUAUUGGUAUUGACGAGUUCUCAUUGCUUUUGCUCAAAGAGAGCAUCCUUGAGGAGAGGUACAAACAACAGAUUGAUGGCUACUUCAACCAACAUCAACGACACUAUGGACAACUCAAAGAUCAAGAGUCCAACCGAAUCAAUCGAUCCUUCUUGAAGGAGGUCAUCUUGGCGAUAGUCCCUCUUCUCACCUCCAACUCCAACAGCGCUUUUUUCCAUGUCACCAUGGUUGGCACCAUCAUCACACCCCUCAAAGAUAUCAUACAUGUCGACUCAGCCCACCCAUACAAACGGAACCCCAUUGGACUUCUCCUCUUCGAUGAUACACUUUGGAUCAACCAUCAAUAUCUUGGAGUCGUUCAUCUCACGGACAUCCAAGAUGCCAAGCUCCGGAAGGUUCUCGCCUUUAUUGGUGGAUGGGCACGACCAUUAUUCAAGUUCAUAGAGGCGUACCGCUCCGACCCAGCCAAUCGGGACAGCACGCUCGUUGGGCUUCUGUCUUUAGUACCAACCCCUGGGCUGGAAUCUUUGCUUCCCGCUGACACGAUGGCGAAGCUCGUGUCGAUGUCUCUGACGGCCAAACAGACAACAAAGCAAGAUUGGAGAACGCCACACCUGGUGUCAGAGGAAUCACUGGAGUCACUGGAGAGCAAAGGAACGAUCUGCUCCCGCGUCAUGCCAAAUGGGCAUCGUGUUGUCACCCUUCCACUCAUUCUACUUCGCAAGUACAGUGACUCGAACGCCUUGCUAGUGCCCGUCAAGCUCAUGGUUGAUCACCUCAUUGUGUGCGACGAUCCUAACUCAUGGGAAGAAUUCUGCUGUCGUUACCUUUUGGCACGAAGAUCGUCGUUUUCCAUUCUUGGAAAGACGUCUCUCUCGCUCCUGGAGUACUUUGGUGAUGCCUCACACACCAAGAUGGUCAAUCAAGAAGCAACCUUCCUGAUUGGUACCAAUGCUCUGCCAUCAUUUUCCAAGUUCAAGCAGCAAUACCCGAAGAAGUACGAAUCGACUGAAAGUGUCUAUCGUAAUGCUGCGGGUGCACCAUUUGACUGGGUCCAACAUUUCAAAAUGCCGAACAACUACAUGAUCUACUUCCUAUGUGAUGGCAAACACACAAUAGCAAACGCUUCUCUUCACCUAGCCGAGGUCAACGACAAUAUCACAGCUUGCACUGCGGCAAAGACAGCGGUACUGUGCAAGAAUGACACCUAUAUUCACUGCUUCAUCACCAAUCGAGAUACAAUCUCAAAUGAUAUCUUCACUGAUUCACGAAUAUCGCAGCUGCCAGUGUUGUGCAUCGACAAACGAAGCAACUUCUACCCCUCGUCCAUACGGUCCUACAUCGACAGCCAACUUUGA